AUCACUCGUGUGCGCCUUGCUCUUCUUCAAUCUCAGGUCCGCGAGCACCCUGGCACUUCGCCCGUUCGCCGCCGCAGAAGAAGCAUCUCGACGGCUGUGGCAUACGCCGGAUCCAAGGACGGAGUUCCUCUUUUCGCCAAGCAGAGGGUCGUUCGCGUUGCUCUCUGAGGAAGGCUUCAUUUCUUUGAUCACCUCAUCUCUCGGCACUACUUUCUCUUUUCUUACAGCCUCUGUGGCCUUGGAUUACUACUUUUUUUUGGUCUGGCUCAUAUCAUUGGUCCUCAUCCACCAUGUCUCCUCAUCAGGUCAACAAUGAUCAGCAGCAGGAGCAGAAGCAGGGUUCUUCGGCGGGAGGCGGCGGGAUUUCAUUCAAGGCUCCGCCUGGUUAUGGUGGGUUGGGCGGAUUAGGCAAAAGUCCCAAACACUGGCUCAUGGGCGACGAGGCGUUUGAGGCGAGAAUGCCUCAUCAUGAUGGAGUACAGGCACUGUGGGAGACCAAGUGGAAAUUCCCAUGCUCCAAAUCUCUCUACCCCUUUCACGACGGUCUCUAUGCCGACUUCGCUCCCUCCUUCGACGCCCUCAUCAAGGCUAACCACAACGACAUGACCUCCCCCGCCUGGACCACUACCUUUCUCUCCACGGGCGUAGCCGAACAGCUGGUCGAUCAGGGUGACAAACUCGUGGCUGAGCUCAAUAACGUUGAACCCCCGGGACGUCUCCAGCCAGAGCAGCAGCAGCAGCAGCAGAGACGCAGACAACUCCGCGAGCAAGCCUCGUCGCUCUACCUCCGGGCCUGCUGCCUUUACCGCAUCGCCCGCUUCCCCUACAUCACUUCCUUCCCCAAGGUGAACGACCAGACCAAGUGGGAUGCCUGGGAGAAGCAGAAGGAGAUUUAUCUAAAGGCGGGCCAACUGUGGGAGGAAAGCCCCGUGGAGGAAGUCAAAGUGGCCUAUCUCGACAGACGGAUGCAACAAGGCGAAGGGCAGUGGAUCCCCGUUUACGUUAGGGUCCCUCCUGCUGGUACUUCCUCCCCCUCUACCGGUAGUGGCUACCCAACCGUCAUCCUCAUGACCGGCUUGGACGGGUACCGUCCGGACAACACCGUCCGCUGCAACGAGUUUCUCGCCCGCGGAUGGGCGGUGGUGGUGGUGGAGAUCCCAGGGACGGCGGAUUGUCCUGCUGACCCGGCGGACCCGGAGAGCCCUGACAGGCUGUGGGAGAGCUUGCUGCAGUGGAUGGGCACCCACCAGUAUCGCGGAGAGAGGGCGUUUGAUAUGAAGAGGGUCAUGGUCUGGGGGUUGAGCGCUGGUGGGUAUUAUGCGGUGAGGAUUGCGCACACGCAUAGUCAUAGACUGGCGGGUGUGGUGGCGCAGGGGGCGGGGGUUCAUUACUUUUACGACAAAAAGUGGAUGGAGAAGGUGGACGGGCAUGAGUAUCCUGCUCAACUGACGCCCGCUUUCGCUAUGAAGCAUGGGUACAGCUCCGUUGAGGAGUUCAAGGCUGGAGUGCAGAAGAAGUUCUCCUUGUUGGAGAAUGGGAUUCUGGCUAAGCCUUCGACAAGGCUUUUGUUGGUCAAUGGUACCCAAGACGGGUUGAUGCCCAUCGAAGAUUCCAUGAUGUUGCUUGAAUACGGCUCGCCCAAAGAGGCUCGCUUUUUCACUGGUGCUUUGCACAUGGGAUAUCCCCUGGCAAACUCGGCUGUCUACCCUUGGAUGGAAAGUGUCAUGGCUUUCGUCAGAGAGUAGUCUCUGCUGCAAGAACGACAGUUUAGCUGUGACGGUAUGCACUCCCUCGGAACAUGUCAGAAAGAAACCGAACAGCGCAACACUUU